AGAGAGAGAGAGAGAAACACACACACACACACAUAUGCAUUAAUUAUGCGUUGGAGUGGCAGCGUGUCACAAGGCCUAUGACGGCUACAGCCGUAAGCUUUGACCUCUCCAAAUGCUUCACUUCCUCUGCACUUGGCCGGACUCCAUUCCACUGGACUACUGCAACACGCGCACACACACACACACACACACACACACACACACACACACACACACACACAGUAGCAGCUUCGAUAUGACAAUUAGUUUGUGAGAAGACCGCAGUGCAUUGCAUUGGGUGUCUCUGAGUUAAGAGUUUGACAAAUGAGGGGCUCAGCAGAGGUAUCCAUGAGAUUCAGAAAGGAGGAGGAGGAGGAGGCUGAGGGGGACGUGGAGUGGGAGCACAAUGGAGCUUCAUCUGGCAGGCUGUUAGUCUUCAAGAAGUCCAGUCCCAACUGCAAGCUCACAGUCUACCUGGGCAAGAGGGAUUUCGUGGAUCACUUGGAUCAUGUCGACCCAGUAGAUGGUGUGCUGCUGGUGGACCCUGAAUACCUUAAAGACAGAAAAGUGUUUGUGACGUUGACGUGUGCGUUCCGGUAUGGGCGCGAGGACCUUGACGUGCUGGGCCUGUCGUUCCGUAAGGACCUGUACAUCUCCACCUUCCAGGCCUUCCCCCCUCUGCCUGAGGAACGCAAGCCACUCAGUCGCCUGCAGGAGAGGCUGCUGAAGAAGCUCGGACAGCACGCACACCCCUUCAACUUCACCAUUCCUCAGAAUCUGCCCUGCUCAGUCACCCUACAGCCAGGACCAGAAGACACAGGGAAGGCAUGUGGAGUGGACUUUGAAGUGCGAGCCUUCUGUGCCAAAUCAGUGGACGAGAAAAUUCACAAACGGAACUCUGUGCGUCUGGUGAUCCGCAAGGUGCAGUACGCCCCCGAGAAGCCGGGCCCCCAGCCCAUGGUGGAGACCACGCGCAGCUUCCUCAUGUCCGACAGGUCCCUACACCUGGAGGCCUCCCUAGACAAGGAGAUCUACUACCACGGCGAGCCCAUCAGUGUGAAUGUCCACGUCACCAACAACUCCACCAAAACCGUCAAGCGGGUCAAAAUCUCAGUGAGGCAGUAUGCCGACAUCUGUCUGUUCAGCACCGCACAGUACAAAUGCCCCGUGGCACAGGUGGAGGCCGAUAGUGACCAGGUGUCUCCGAGCUCCACCUUCUGCAAGGUCUACACCCUGACUCCCACCCUGUGCACCAACCGGGAGAAGCGGGGGCUGGCGCUGGACGGCAAGCUGAAGCACGAGGACACCAACCUGGCCUCCAGCACCAUAGUGAAAGAUGUGUCCAAUAAGGAGGUCCUGGGGAUCUUGGUGUCCUACAGAGUCAAGGUCAAGCUGGUGGUGUCUCGUGGAGGUGACGUGGCUGUUGAACUGCCGUUUGUGCUGAUGCACCCCAAGCCUACAGACCUGCCCAACUCAAGGCCCCAGUCUACUGUGCCUGAAACAGAUGCUCCUGUGGAUACCAACCUGAUUGAGUUUGAGACAAAUAAUUUUUCUCAGGACGACGACUUUGUGUUUGAAGACUUUGCUCGGCUGCGACUGAAAGGCAUGAAUGACAAGGAUGAAGACGACCACUUUUGCUAACGUCCCUCCUCCCACCUGAGCCACCCCUCCAUCCAUCCCUCCAUCCCUGCUGCCCAGCCAAGCCCAGCCCAGCAUCAAACCCCUCCCCCCCCACUCUCUGGCCCCUCCCCUCUCCCAGCAGCUUCCCCCUACCUAUGGUUCUAACCCAGAGCCGUGGCUAUCAAAGGGGGGCGGGGACGGGGGCGGGGCGAAGGAACAAACUUCCUCCCAUAGCAAUCUGGUAGUGAGUGGAGGGGGUCUGCGCUGCGGGCGAAAAACAAGACAUGGAAUGCUUCUCUUUCAUCUGUUCUUCUCUCUAUCUCUUCUUCCCCCUUAGUCUCUUUUGCCCUCCCCCCUUCUUCUUUUCCCAGUAUGAUUUCCCUUUAGAGCGGCUUCUAUCCAUUAACAGUGCUGUCGUGUAGCGUUUUGCUUGUCUUCUUUCGCUGUUCUCCUCCAGUUAAACCAGAUGGUGCAGAGAAGUGUAAUCUUGAGAGCGAUGUUUUCGGCUGGACUGGUUGGCUUGCCAUGCGAGGGUUCAUUGAUUCAGGGUUUGUUGUGACAUACAUGUCUAUUUUUUUUAUUAUUCAUUCCCCGCCCCUUGUUUUCCUCCCUGGAUCAUUACGUGUACGUAUAUAUUAUAAGAGAAACGCGCCAUGUUAUUAUCAAUGACAAGGACAAAAGUACUAUCCAAGUUCGAUGUACUUUAGUCCUGUUCAUGUUUCGCAGCAGGGGAAAGGAAGAACAUUUCUGUUCUUGUGAUUCGUCUCCCUUCUGUCUUUCUUUACGAUGUCUUUCUCUUGAAGGUGUAAAAAAAAGAAAGCACCUGUCCGAUAUGUUACCUUCAAAGGCCCAAUGUGUAAGUUUAAUAGUUUAGUAGGUAAUUGGCCAUUCCACAGUCUUUUUUUUGUUCAUGAGUAUUGGUCUGGUCUGGUGUUGCAGCCAAAGAUGUUCAUGAUGUUUGUGAGUGGUCAUAUCAAAAGGGUGGAUCCACUACAUGGACAACAUCCACCUAUUUGUGUAUUUUUUUUAAAAAGUGAAAAUUUCCAAGCCAAAAUGAAACCUUAGAGAUUGUUGGUGGUAGUAAAAUAUUCACGAAAAAUAAGAACGAGAUGACCAAAAUGGCAUAUUGGACCUUAAUUACAUAAGACACUGGCAUUACAGUCAUGCGACUUCAUGUGACAUAUGUGGGAUAUGUGAGAUGAAUCCAGACACAUAUCUUUGUAAGGGGGGGUGGGGUGGGGGGGACACAGAUGGGGCUUAUGACGAUUUCUGUGCACAGAGGCAGUGCACUUAUAACACACCGAAAAAAAAGUGUGGCCUUUUUUAUGGAUAGAAAAUAUUAGAUGGUUAUAAGUAUAUAGGACCACAAAGAGAUAUUUUGUAUCUUCUUCUGUUUUUGUUUUGUUUUUUUGUUUGUUUGUUUUUCUUUCAAGAAAGAACAUAUAUUUGUUAUGUACAAGUGUAGGAAUAUGUGUAUAUGUUGUCCCAAGUCUCUGGUCCAAUGCCACCCAGAGUCAGACACAUGUUGGACAGUGAGAUGCCUAAUUAUUCAACACACACACAAACACACACACACACACACACACACACACACACACACACACACACACACACACACACACACACACACACACACACACACACACACACACACACACACACACUCAUUUGCUUGUUAUUUGGUGAUCCAAACAAGGCUUUUAUGUAAAUUGGAACUUCAUUUGCCAAAAUUGUUUUCCCCCUUUAACAAAAGACAUGAAUGUGUAAGACUUUCCAACAUGCCAGACUAUGGAAACCUAUGGAAAUGCACUGUACUGCAUAGUAUUUGCGCUCAUGCAGCUAGUGUAAAUGGAUACAACAUAAAACCAUGUGGUAACGGUGUAUUCAUACUUCACGUGAUGUGUGGCCCAUAGUGAAAAGCGUCAUUUAUGAAUAAAGCCCUUGGCUGUACGAACCUGCAACAUGGAUAGCAAGGAUUCCAGACAGUGGAGGCACAAAAGCUGUAAACUAUAGACAAUGAAUCCUAUAUAGUUUGCAAAGCACUAGAAAAAAAAAACAAUCCCAAUUGCAAUUGACACCCUUUGUGCCAUUUUUAUGAAAUAUUUUACAAUUUUUAAAAAUGUUUUAUUACGUAAACGCCCUCAGGCUUUGGUUCUCAAGUAACCUAGCACCUUGACAAAGAUCAGCGGCCAAAACUCACGAAUUUUGUCUUUCACAAUUUGGCUGGCUCCCUAAAUGCACCGUGAAAACAUUUUUUUUUAUAUCAGAUGUUGACUUAUUCCAAAAUUGCUUAUAGGAUUUGUUUUUUGAGAUAUGUAUAUUGAACUGUUACAAAAGAAAUACGUUACUUUUCAUCUUUGACCACAGUUGUCACGUGUAGAAAGUCAAGAUCCUCAUAACAAGAGGAUAAGGUGCAUUUUUUGCAGUUCCCUCUGUCGAAUUUGUCGAUUUUUAAAUCUUACGUGUGCGAAAUGCCAGUGCUGGCAUUAAGAAUUGUGAUUACUUUUGAAAUGCCAUAAUCUCUCCCUCGUGACAACUGUGUUCCCUUAAAGUUACUGUUCUGGGUCAUAUAAACAACUUUCGGGUAGAAGCAAAAGACUUUGUUUCCAAUGUCAAUUAGCAGAAUGGAAAAUUCCCAUUUUGACACGUUCAAUUGACUUUGAAUAUGAGCAAAAUGCUGGAAUUAAGUUUCUGAUACACAUUGUCUGAACGCAUCACGCUUAUCUUAAGGAAAAAAAGUCAUUUUGUCUUUGUAAUUCACUUUAUUUUGAGGAUUUCUUAAUUGUAUGUGUGCAGAGAGAGAAGGGGAGGCUAUCUGAAAAGUGCUGCCCCCUAGUGUCUAUGACCAGUAGCUAGUUGUGUGUGUCUGUGCCUCAGCUCUACUGAAGAAAAGAAGCAAAAGCUUUUCUUCAAUGCUGUACUAUUUACCUCCCAGAAACCAGCAGAAAUACAGAAUUAUUUCACCUGCUCUUAAAAUAAAGAAUGUGUGUGGGACGGGGGAGGGGACAUAAAACGAGAAACUACUCCUGAAAUUACUACUUAUUAUUUGCUGUCAACAUUAUAUAUAUAUAUAUAUAUAUAUAUUCCAGAGAUAUUACAAAAAAGAUAUGUUGCCAUUAUUUUUCUUUGAUUGUUUUGUGUUUGAUUUAUUAAGAUUCUAUUUUAUUUUUAUUAAAGUGGAAAAAGAAUAAAAACUAACCUUAAAUUCUCUGCUGUACUCUUCACACGCUGUACAUAUUAUCAUGGUUAUUAAAUAUUGGAUAUGAGUUAC